AUGAUCUGGUACUUGGCAUUAUGGGAAACAACCAGAGCGGUGGCUGGUGGAUGAAUAGCGUUCAACGUCAACACCAUUUACUGUUGUGGGCUGAACAAGUAAUAAGACGCAGCUGGCUAUCAGACGGACUUAGACAACACGGUUAUCGCUGUGCACCAGGAAGACAAGGUCCAUGUCCGGUGACUCUGCCGGUUGGGACGGGUUUCUAGGACUUUACGGCAGCUGACCGACUCGGUGGAGUAGCAACUCGCUGCUUUUACGAUCAAAUAGGACCGACGACUCGCAAAAGUUGGGAGUCUUGCACGGAUUUAUCUUUGGACCGUUUUCGUAUCGAUACGAAUAGUUGGCUUGAUCAGCCGUUUUUUUUUAGCAAUACCGUGACUUUCUGUUUUGUUGUCGUCGUUUUGCCUCCGUUCUCCAGAUUAACGGCGACCGAUGCUUUUCAACGCACUGAUUGUUUCAUUUACGUUCGCCUCCGAUUCGAGGCGAUGUGGAAACGAUUUUUAUAAAUCAUUGGACUGACAUGUCUCCCAAUUUGGUGAAUUCAACAUCAAGAACUGUCAGACUGGACGGUCAUUCUUAUGACGGCAACCCGGGAAGAAUUUCCUUUUGAAGCCUAUGGAGACAGUUAUCCUCUAUGCUGAAGAAUAGACAUGUGUCCCCAACACAGAAACCAUCGAUAACCUUCCUCACUGUCAGCACGUCACCCCAAUUACCUUUCUCAGUUGUCACUGUUUAUGAUCAGGCGUCGUCGUUUCUACAAGAUAAACGGUAAUAUUCAAGUUCACACCGCUCCAUCUUAAAUCUGGGCACAACCAGUCAGCGUGACUGUCCAUCUUCCUGAGACUCCGCUGUCGGGCCACCAUGUGGGGCGCAGGGUCGCCACCAUCCCUGCAGGUCGUCCUAAAGGUCCUUAAACACGCUGCGGUCAAAGGACAGAUCCAGCUGAACCGUUGGCUCCAGAGAUCCUCCCCGGACGAGUGCGAUAAAAUGGACCUCUUGAUAUGCAACGCCUUUGACGAGAGAGGAGGCGCCGUCGGCAAGUCUGAUGGAGACCCGGAGAGCAUCGUUGACACUGGCGUGUCAUUCACCGGUGGCGCCACCAACGGGGAGCUCAGACACCCGUGUUGUAUUACCACGUGUUGCUUCAAGAGUGCCCUCCUGGCAUGCAUUCUGACAGCUGUGUGCUUCUCCUCCGUGGCUCUAGUCCGACAGUACCUCAAGGACCUUCUUCUCUGGGUGGAGAGCUUGGACAGCCUGGUUGGAGCCUUGCUGUUCAUAGUUGGUCUGAUCACUGUGUCCUUCCCAUUCGGCUGGGGGUACAUCGUACUGAACGUGGCUGCGGGAUACCUCUACGGCUUCGUGCUGGGUAUGGGACUGGUGAUGGUGGGGGUGCUCAUAGGUACCUUCGUGGCUCACCUGGUGUGUAAGAGACUGUUGACGGACUGGGUGGUCAACAAGGUGGGGAACUCUGAACAGCUCAGUGCUGUAAUACGGGUGGUGGAGGGGGGAAGUGGACUCAAGGUGGUGGCCUUAGCGAGACUCACACCCAUUCCCUUUGGACUCCAGAAUGCAGUGUUCUCAAUCACAGACGUGUCGUUGCCAAACUACCUGGUGGCGUCGUCAGUCGGCCUGCUGCCCACACAGCUCCUAAACUCCUACCUGGGCACCACGCUGCGCACCAUGGAAGACGUCAUCGCAGAACAGAGCAUCAGCGGAUACCUGGUCUUCAGUCUACAGAUCAUCAUCAGUAUAGGUCUGAUGUUCUAUGUGGUCCAUCGGGCCCAGGUGGAGCUGAAUGCGGCCAUCGCUGCCUGUCAGAUGGAGCUGAAGACAUCAUACAUGAACGGCACUUCCACCAAUCACAGCGGCUUCACGUACUGCAGCAAGAGGGCGUCGGCCGGGGGUGGGAUCAUCAACGUGGUCUGAUUAAUGUCUCAAAACCCUGAUUGGACAAGGGCGACUGGGAUCGAACUGAACACUGAUUGGCCAGUGUAGCAUUUGUGAUAUCUGAUAGGAGUGCCUUCCACGGUGAGGAGUCUGGAGUGAGGAGGACCUGCCAAAUAGGGAUGCUGAUUGUGUGGAUCUAUAGGGCUUGUAGGUGCAGCUGAGGGGUGCCAGGUGUUUAGUUGUUCUCUUCACGGACUUGCGCUUUGAACACACCGACAGCGCCAUUGCAUUUUGGUACACCAGAAUUACAUUCAUUUCCAAUGAAACGGCAUUGUGCAGCAUUGCGUAACAGAGGCAGUUGCAGUUCGUUCUGUGUGGUGCAGAUGUUGGAUUUAUCGAAGGUACGAGUCAAACUGUAUGAGUAGACGGCUUGACAGAAAUGGGUGCAGAAGGUGAAUGUUAAACUGUUGUUACACACAUAUCCAGAUGAUGCUGUCGGUGUGUUGGAAGAGUUAACCGGAGUUCUCUAUACAACACAGCUCACCAUUCAGAUCUCCGAGACCAAUGGCUUCUCUUCUACAGUGUGGGACCAGGGGCCAAUGGCUUCUCUUCUACAGUGUGGGACCAGGGGCCAAUGGCUUCUCUUCUACAGUGUGG